GGCAGCACAGCCGCCGCCGAGAAACCCACCGCUCCUCGUCUCCUCUUCAAAUCCCCCAUCGACUCGGCUCCUCCCGUCCUCCGAAGGUAACGAGCAUUCCGUUUCGCGAGCGGAGCGGCUGCAGAUCCUAGUUGAUUUUCUCUUCCCGAUUUCUUCCCUCUUGGCUGGGCUGGCGGUUUCCUCGUCUCUUCCCCUCGGUUCGAUUUCUCGUGCGCGGGAGUGCGACCUCGCCCGAAUCCCCAGUCACGGGAUGGAUCGCGUCCUUGCUGGGGCCAGGGGCCACGCAUCGCGAUGCUGCGGCGUCGCCGCCGGACAGGGGAGAGUGCAGGGGCCUUGCAGGCGUUUCGUCGAAAACAUUGCGCGCGUGGGUUGCCUGGGAAAUGGCUGCCUUGCUUCCGUGCGUACGCGAGCGUGGGUAACCUCGCACUGGUUCCUCACGCAUGGGCGAGCUGAUUCAGAGUCUCUUAACUUUAACUGUGCUUUCCUCUUCGCGAAUGUACUCCCUGUUUCUGCCUACUCCAGUUGAAUGCCCUGCUUUCUUCUUGCCGUGUCUACGGCGCAGGAGGAAAGAGUGAUGGCAAGCGCUUCUCCGAGCACCAGAGCUUCGUUCAAGUGUGGACCGAAGGCGUUCAGGAACAGCCACCUGCAUGGUUACCUGAAAUCCGUAGUGUCGUUUCCCGUUUCUCAGGCAUCGGAUAGUCUUUAUUCUCCCAUCAGAGUGGCGAAUCGUGCCUACGGUUCGAACCUGAUCGUCACGGCUUUGAAGAGCACAGGCCUGAACACAGCACUCUCUUCGACUAAUGGCAGCCUGAAGGUUCCUGAAGAGAGGGUGACUGUACUGGUCAUUGGUGGAGGAGGAAGGGAACAUGCACUAUGUUAUGCCUUAAAACGCUCUCCAUCCUGUGAUGCAGUUUUUUGUGCUCCUGGUAAUUCUGGCAUUGCUCAGUCCGGAGAUGCCACAUGUAUACCAGACCUGGACAUAACUAGUAGCGAAGCUGUCAUCUCAUUCUGUCGUAAUUGGGGUGUCGGAUUAGUCGUAGUUGGACCUGAAGCACCUCUAGUUGCUGGUCUUGCAAAUGACCUUGUUAAAGCUGGAAUACAGACUUUUGGACCUUCAUCAGAAGCUGCUACACUGGAAGGGUCAAAGGAUUUCAUGAAGAAGCUGUGUGAUAAGUACAACAUUCCAACAGCAAAGUAUCAAACAUUCACAAACCCUGCUGAUGCUAAACAAUAUGUAAAGGAUCAAGGAGCCCCUAUAGUUGUCAAAGCUGAUGGAUUGGCUGCUGGGAAGGGUGUAGUUGUUGCUAUGACUUUAGAUGAAGCGUUUGAAGCCAUAGACACUAUGCUGGUGGAAGGCUCUUUUGGUUCUGCUGGAUCACGCGUUAUCAUUGAAGAAUUUUUAGAGGGAGAAGAAGCUUCUUUCUUUGCAUUAGUAGAUGGAGAAACUGCUUUGCCUCUCGAAUCUGCCCAGGACCAUAAAAGAGUUGGUGACGGUGAUGUUGGUCCAAAUACUGGUGGUAUGGGUGCAUACUCGCCAGCACCAAUAGUGACAGAAGAACUGAAGAAGAAAGUAAUGGAAAGUAUAAUUCUCCCAACUGUAAAAGGUAUGGCGGCCGAAGGAUGUAAAUUUGUUGGUGUGUUAUAUGCUGGGCUUAUGAUUGAGAAGAAGUCUGGACUACCUAAGCUUAUUGAAUAUAAUGUACGAUUUGGAGAUCCAGAAUGUCAGGUUCUAAUGAUGAGGUUAGAGUCCGACUUGGCACAGGUUCUCCUUGCUGCUUGUCGGGGAGAACUAGGCAAGGUUUCACUAACCUGGUCGGCUGAGUUGGCAACAGUGGUCGUGAUGGCAAGUGAAGGGUACCCUGGGGCUUACAAGGACGGGACUGUAAUAAGAAAUCUUGACGAAGCUGAGCAAGUUUCUCCUGCAGUAAAGAUAUUCCUUGCAGGAACUGCCUUUGAUACAGAUGGAAACUUUGUAGCGGCUGGAGGACGCGUGCUUGGAGUCACUGCAAAGGGCAAGGACAUCGAGGAAACAAGGGCCAAAGCUUAUGAUGCGCUCGACAUUGUUGACUGGCCAGAAGGAUUCUACAGGCAUGACAUUGGUUGGAGGGCUCUGAAACAUCGGCAUAUGUUUGCACACUGAUAGAAGAGUCCCCUGAUCUCUGUAAUUAUGUCAAAUUUGCGAUUGUGAGGAAAAAAUGAGAAGAAAUUGCAGCAAUAGCUGCUCUUGUGGGUGCAUGAAGAUGGAUUGUGGAUGUAUAGUUGGCGACUUGGCGUGGGUCUAGGAACAACUGACGUUUGAUGGCUAGUUUUAUUUUUGAUAGUUCUAAGUGCCACAUUUCUGGUAUUCGUCAGUUAGUAGUACAAGUUAUUGAUGUAAUGAAACUACUUUUUGGGACAUGUCUAGCUAUACCAUCUCUGAUUAAAUGGUUUAUUAGUUGAA